AUUAUGUACAAAGGCUGACUUAAUCCAACAAAUAUGGCGGCGUAGUCCCAUUUCCGGAUAUAAAUAAAGAAAUGGGAAAUAUGAAAUGAAUUACAGAAUACGCCUUUCUUUGAUUAUUUUGGAUUAUUACAAUGGCAUGUUGCACAAGUCGAGAUACUUUUGUGAAUCCAGUAUUGAAAUACAUAUUAUUCUUCUUCAACUUUACAUUUUGGUUAGCAGGAUUAUCUUUGCUUGCCAUAGGAAUAUGGGCACAUCUUCAGAAAGAAACAUUCUCUUUUGAAGACGUAAGAUCUGUUUUUGAUUUCAUCACUGAUUUGUCAAUACUUGCCAUCAUCAUAGGGUGUCUCAUGUUUCUACUAGGAUUUUGUGGCUGUCUUGGUGCUCUAAGAGAGAAUACUUGUCUUAUUAAACUGUAUUAUUUUUCCUUGUGUAUCAUUUUUUUGGGCCAAGUUGGUGGUGCUGUUUAUGUGUUCCUUAAGUCAAAUGAGUUCCGAGAUUUGUUUGUGAAGACAUUAAAAGAUGAACUGAUACCACUCUAUACUGAGAGAGAAGAUAAGAAAAUGCUGGUUGACUUGAUACAGGAAAAGCUUGGCUGUUGUGGUAUGUCUGGAGAUGGUUAUAGAGACUGGAAUAACAACCAAUACUACAAUUGUACCAAAGAGAACAAGAAUGCUAUGGCCUGUGCUGUGCCUCAUUCCUGUUGUGCUAAGCAAGACACAAUUUAUCCCGGAGUAACUAAUAUCCUUUGUGGAGCCAACUCAUUAAAUGAAAAGGGUUCCACUAAUAUUUACAUUGUUGGAUGUGUAUCUGCAGUGAUGCAAGUGGUUGAGAAUAAUUUGCCAAUUGUAGGAGGUAUUAUAAUCGGCUUUGCUGUACCUCAGAUUAUGGGAAUAGUGCUGUCACGUACACUGGAUGGUCAGAUAUCAGAUCAGUUGGCGAGGUGGAGACGAUACCAUCAAGACAGAUGAGUAAUAAGAAGGCCAUAAAGCAAUUAUGUCCAAAGUCAAGUUUUGCAAUAAGGCUCAAUAAUGGAGUACAUCAUGGAAAUCCAUUUAUUUUCUUUCGCUAGUCAUUGUCUGUCUGGUCAUGUACUUAAAUUAUUUCAUUCUUUUAUUUUGAUGGCUAAAUAGCUCUGUCAUCUAAAUCAUUGUUUUUACAUCUCUGACAUUACUUUUUAACAAUGAUUGUACGCUUGUCUACAAUCAUUACCCAGCCUGAUCAAUGUUAUAUUAGUGUGUCUGUGUCUUUUGUUAUUGUGUUUGUGUAUGGAUCCUUUGUAAUACUGAUCAAACUGAAAGUUCUGUUAUGCACAAUCCUCUCAACAUUGUCCAAGUUGUUACUGCGGUUUUUACAUUGUCAUUUAAAUAGUCAUCUGUUGUCUCCUUUUUGAUUUCCAGUUGAGGUCAAAUUAAGGACAUCUGUCUUCCUGCAUUUGAAGAGCAUGACACAUCCACCUAACUUGUUUCUUUUUAAAUACUGUCAAUCAUUGACAGCAGAUCACAGAUUGUUGCGAUAGGACAUUGUUCAGGUUAGAAUUAUUCUCAGGCACUUAGGUUGGAGCACUUUGGAUUGAUAUCUUUUUGUUCCACACUUCUCUGGAAUUAGGAUCUGUACAAAAUUCUUUCUUUGUUUUAUGGCAGAGAGGAUUAUUUUAGUGUUCCAAAUAUUUGUUUGUUUGUUCAGAAUGUGGCGGUAGCCCACCUAGUUUGUCUCUGGAACAUUUUAGCAGUCUUUUCAUUUCUUUGCUGCUGUUAUGCCUAAGUUUAUAUACUCAACCAAUUAGCUGUCCAUCCUAUUAGUUCAAAGACUGUUCCUCUGCAGAGACUUUAUAUUUUCACUGACCAAAUAAUUUUGUUUUGUGAAAAAAACAAAUAAUCUUUUGAGCUAUUUUUAUUUUGAUUUGAACUAAAUGCUUUAUCUAUGCAAGGCUGUAUACACAAUUCUGGCAACUAUGGUACCAUAAGCAUUUAUUAGCAGUUGUAUGCGUCUUCAUUUGCUGUAACAUGUACAUUGUUGACUUUUUGUCUAUGCAGUUUCAGGAGGAGUCUUAAGUUUCAGAUAAAUGUUUUGCUAAUGACUACAUAGUUGACAAAAUAUUAGCCAUGACAAAUAUUUAAGGCAAGAGUUGAGAGUUAACUUUAAAAAAAAAUUGUCUUCUAUGUGAAUUAUCGUCUUGCUCAUUAAGAUGAUGUUAAAUGUUUGAUACUGUGGAUUUUACCUUUUUUUUUUAAAAUUACAAAUUCCUUAGAACAAAAUGUUGUCUACAUAGUCUCACAGUACAAGUCCCUGCUUUGUAUUUACUAUUCAUUUUGUUUCUGUUCACUGAUAUACUUUUUUUCAUAUCAAUAUUCAGUGGCACAAGGGGGGGGGGUUGAAUCAAUGAAGACAUGGAUAUAACUAAGAUAAAAAUAGUUUCUACUUAUAUAUUCUCAUGACGUAAGUCUAUUUUAUCCUUCUUAAUGUGAUGUGCAGUUUUUUUUUGCUUUUCAAUUUUUAUAAUUGUUUUUUUUUUUUUUUUUUUUUUUUGUAAAUGGGGUUUGUGAUAACUUUUGUUUAUUGGCCAGAGCAUAUAUUUAUGUCAACAGCGCAGCACAUUUUGUAUUUAAUUUUGUGUGUGUGUGUGUACAGCAAUAACUUUAUUAUCUAUUUAGUUGGAGACUAUAUUUAUUCUUGUUCUUGGGUUUCUGAUUACUUUAAAUAAGCUAUUUUCUUAAAAGGUUGUCUUUUUUACCUAAAAAUAUCAAAUGUCAUUUUAUACAUAAUAUAAUUCAAAAUUAUGUAAGAAAGAAAUAAAGUGACACAUUCUAAUGUUUUGCACUGUACCAAUCGUUUUGAAACAAGUUUAUGAAGAAAAGAACAAAAGAAACAUCAUUAUUAAAAAGAUUCAUUAUUUUAAGAUAUUUGAUUUAGAACUAGUGUUUCUUAUCAAUACGUCUUGGUGAACAAAUGGUUACUUCCUUCUAGUAUAUAUACUAUAUAUAUAUUAUUAUAUCUGUAAUUAUUUUUGUUUAAAUAUCAAUAUCGCACAUUUUAAAAAUAUUAUAUUGUUUUAAAAGUGAAUAUUAAAGUGAAUAUAAUCACCUGAACAUUCAAUUGAAAUUCCAUUUGGUUUCAACUAUGGAUAUAUUUGGUAUCAUGCUGUAUCAUGGGGACAUGGUGAAACCAAAAGAUUGUCUCUAUUUAAGACCUGGGCGUUCACAUAAUUUAAUUUGUGUCUGACAUAUUAUGAGGAAAGUAAAGGUGGGUGACAUGUGUUGUCCACAACACCAUUUUUAAAUGGUAGGAUAAUUUUACCUCAUCUGUCCCAGAGUUCUUAGACGGCAAAAAGGUUUUUGUGUGUUUGAUGGAUUGACUCAAGUUUUGUUGGAUUCCAGUUGUUUUUUUUUAAACCUGAUCAGACCUGCUCAUUGUAUUGUAAAAAAAAAUAUAACUGUAGUAAGUUAAUGUUGCUGACAAAAUGUACUUCAAAGAUCUCUUAACUCUAAUUUGAUAUAACAUUUAUAUAUUAUACAUAUAUAUAUGUGUGUAGUUUCAUGUAUUUUCUAAAUUGUAUGUGAUCUCCUUGGCCCUGCUUUCGUUGGUAGCCUUGGGGAUUUGUUUUGAUAACUUUUUUUUCAAGUUGGCUUUCAUAUGAAUGUAAAUGAACAAAAAAAUGUAAUAACAUAAAAUAUAUUUUUUUUUUAAACUCAAAAAACAAUCCCCAUGCAUUUCAUAAAGCAUGCUUUUGAUUGGAGGGCAAGGUGAACAUUGAUCUUGUUAUGUAGAAACUUUUUACCAUAUCUGUUACGCAGGAAUCGAUUCACUUUGAUAUAGUCAGAAACUCUAGCACCUUUUUUUUUUAAAGAAAAAAACUAAACUUUUUUUUUUUCACUAACCUCACCGGUGCAGGUGUAAUUACAACAAGAAUACCUUGCCAUACACUAUGAGUGCCUUGUCCUAUAUAUACAUUCUCUUUUUACGCAGACAGCAUUUUUCUUUAAUCUUUUAAGAAUCAAAAACUUCUGAGAAUUAAAAAAAAAGAAAGAAAAGUUGCUCUAUAACUAAUUAAAAAGUUGCUUUUUUUAAAGACAAUUGUUUAAAGUUAAUGCAGAGUAAUGUUUCUUUUUUAUUUAUUUAUUUGAGAUCUUCUGUACAUAUUUUGUACAGUGAAAGAGUAGAAUUUCUAGAUCAUACAAAAAAAUUGCUGGUAAAUAAUAAAUAAAACAAAAUAUGCGAGACAUACAUAUACGUGUAUAUAAGUUCAGGUUUUCAACAUCCAUUAAACUUGUAAUAUAAAUUUAGCAAUAAAAAAUGUUGAAUUUAUAUUUUAUGCUGUCAUUAUGCUUUGUCUGUGCAUCUCAAUACUACAUGUUUAAGUAACAAACACAGUAUUAAAGCCAUUCCAAAGUUUGUCUAUCGUACAGCAUCCUUGUUCAUUUCGCUGAUUUAAUUAUUUGCUACCAUAAUUCUGAAUGCUGGAGGAAGUACAAUCUUGUUUAUAUUUAGAAAUUGAUAUCAAUGAUUCUAUGAUCAUUCCAUUCAUAAACAUGCUUAUUUUUAGAACUACUUUGACAUUGUUUUUCAAUUAAUGCUUACAAAGAUACAAAGUUUUGGAAUGUGUAAAUUGAUAUGCACAUUGCAACUGUUGUAAUGAACUAAUAAAUAUAUUUUGGAUGUAGAAAUGUGCAUGCAGUUUUUUAAAAUCAAAUUGUAUCAUUUGCAUAUGUGACGAGGCCACACAGAAUAGUACAGAAACCAGUUUUGGGUGUUUAUAUUUUAUUAUAGUCAUUUACAUUUUCAUAAGACAUGGUAAAGAAAAACAUUUUUCAAAGAUAACCUUGUUUUAAAUGUUUUUAAUUAUCAAGUACAUGUAAUUUUGGACUAACUAGUCAAAUUUUUUUUUGACCAAUGGGUCAGCCUGACCAGAACUUUACCAUUGUUUUUGUUUGACUUUUGCAUGCAUGGUUCCUUGCAACUUUGUAAUUAUUAGUAAAUGUACAUUAUUUCACAAAUAAACUAAUAGGAAAAACAAUACAAAAACAUGUAACCUAAGUUUAUAAAGUGCUUUUAUUUUUUUCGUAUGGAGAUUCCUCUCUCCAGAUUGUGAUGAGGUCAACUAUAUGAUCCUGUGCAUGUUUCAACAAAUUUGAUCUGAUUUUUUUUUAUGGCGAAUCCUCUCAAAAUGACUUUUUCAUUCUUGAUUUUUUUUUCUUGUUUCUUACAAAAAAAAAAUAUCAAUAAAAUAUUUUAAUAU